AUGCAUUUUAAUUUCAUAUUAACACUGACAAUACUGUACAUUACCAGGCUUUGUCCUGCUCUGUGUGAGGUAAAUCCAGUCACCUGCGCCCUGCGAGGUGACCCCCAGCCUCCUGGUCUCUUCAAGGACGGAGAUUUUAUUAUUGGAGGGGCUUUCACGAUUCAUUACUAUCUGAAGGCAGAGAAUCGCACCUACACUAGACGGCCAGAGCCACUAGAAUGCAGCGGGAGCAUGGAUACCAGAGAGAUGCGCUUUGCUCGUGCCUUACAGUUUGCAAUCGAAGAAAUCAACAACAGCUCUGAUCUCCUACCGGGCAUCACUCUAGGAUACCAAAUCUAUGAUUCUUGUGCAUCUGUGCCAAUGGCAAUAAAAGUAGCGUUUCAGCUCACCAAUGGAUUUGAUCUAGUUUAUAAUGACACUGAUUCAUGCGCAAAAUCUGCUGCGUCUGCUGCAGUAAUUGGAGAAUCUGGUUCCACUCCGUCUAUAAGCAUGUCAAGAAUUUUCGGUCGAUUUGGAUACCCACAGGUGAGUCAUUACGCAACUUGCGCGUGUCUCAGUGAUAAGCGUGAGUAUCCUACUUUCUUCAGGACCAUCCCCAGCGACCACCAUCAAGCGGCUGCAUUGGCACGAAUGGUCAAGCACUUCGGAUGGAUGUGGAUCGGGGCGGUGCGCAGUGAUUCAGACUACGGGAAUAAUGGCAUGGCAUCAUUCCUGAAAGCUGCGGAGGAGGAGGGAAUCUGUGUAGAGUAUUCAGAGGCCUUCUACAGGACCCAGCCGCGCACUAAACUCAAAAGAGUGGCAGAUGUCAUCCGCAGCUCAACGGCUCGUGUAAUCGUUGCUUUUCUUGCCUCAGGUGACAUGAAAAUCUUAUUAGAAGAACUGAGCCAGGAGCCACCACCUCCGUUACAGUGGAUUGGCAGUGAGACGUGGGUUACAGACCCAGGAAUGUUGCGCUUUAAUAUGUGCAUCGGUGCUGUGGGCUUUGGAAUUCAGCGCUCUGUUAUUCCGGGUUUUCGAGACUUUUUACUUGAUCUCUCUUCAGAAGAGGUACUAAAAUCUCCGCUGCUGAUAGAAUUUUGGGAAAGCUCAUUUAGUUGUACUUUAAAAAAGCAAACAGGUUCUUCCUCUGGUUUGCCAGCAUGUGAUGGUACUCAGGACCUGCGUGCAUUAGAGAACCCGUAUACAGAUACAUCCCAGUUAAGAAUCACUAACAUGGUGUACAAAGCCACAUAUGCUAUAGCUCAUGCCAUCCAUGCUAUUGUCUGUAAAGACAUGCAAUGUGACAAAAAAAUCAAAAUUAAACCCUCACAGAUUUCUGAACAGCUCAGGAGAGUUAACUUCACAAAAAAUGAUUAUCCUGUUUCAUUUGAUACCAACGGGGACCCAAUAGCCACCUAUGAACUUGUGAACUGGCAGCGUCAGAAAGAUGGUGCAAUUGUCUUUGUCACAGUGGGUCACUAUGAUGCAUCCCAGCCUAAAGGCCAAGAAUUCAGUUUGAACGGAGCUAUAAUUUGGAAUGAUGGAAUUGAAAAGGUUCCUGUGUCUGUGUGCAGUGAGAGUUGUCCUCCAGGCAGUAGGAAGGCUGUACAGAAAGGACGACCUGUCUGCUGUUAUGACUGUAUUCCAUGUGCAGAUGGAGAAAUCAGUAAUGAAACAGAUUCUUUAGGUUGUCACACCUGUCACCCUGAGUACUGGCCCAAUAAAGAGAAGAAUAAAUGUCAUCCUAAACCAGUGGAGUUUUUGUCUUGGAAUGAGAUCCUUGGGAUAGUCCUUGCUGCUUUCUCUGUUGCUGGCUCUUUAGUGGCUUUGAGCAUGGCUUUAGUGUUUUACAAAAACAGAGCUUCUCCCAUAGUAAAAGCCAACAACUCAGAGCUGAGCUUCCUGCUGCUCUUCUCAUUGACUCUGUGUUUUCUCUGUUCACUUACUUUCAUUGGUCGCCCCACUGAGUGGUCCUGUAUGUUACGUCACACAGCGUUUGGGAUCACUUUUGUACUCUGUAUCUCUUGUGUUCUGGGGAAAACAUUAGUUGUGUUAAUGGCCUUUAAAGCCACACUUCCAGGAAGUAACGUCAUGAAAUGGUUUGGGCCUCCUCAGCAGAGACUUAGUGUUCUUGGUUUCACAUUUGUCCAAGUUCUUAUAUGUGUGCUUUGGUUAACAAUAUCCCCACCUUUCCCUUUCAACAAUAUGCGACACUACAAAGAAAAAAUUAUUCUGGAGUGCAGUUUAGGAUCAGCUGUAGGUUUCUGGGCUGUGUUGGGUUAUAUAGGCCUUUUGGCUUUCCUCUGUUUUGUUUUAGCUUUUCUGGCACGGAAGUUGCCUGAUAACUUCAAUGAAGCUAAAUUCAUCACAUUCAGUAUGCUCAUAUUCUGUGCUGUGUGGGUCACAUUUGUACCAGCUUAUGUCAGUUCUCCAGGGAAGUUUACUGUUGCUGUAGAGAUAUUUGCAAUUUUAGCUUCAAGCUUUGGUCUGAUUAUCUGUAUUUUUGCUCCAAAGUGUUUCAUUAUUGUGUUUAGGCCAGAGCAGAAUACUAAAAAACAUUUCAUGGGAAAAGUACAAUCAAAAGCCCUGUGA